ACGAUGUUCGAUCGCGUUGGAGAUUUGCUGCUAUUGGUGGCGGUGCUACUGGUACUACCACUGCCAACGAUCAUUGAGGCGGUAGUGCGCAGUGAGUCGGACAAUGGGACGGCGCGGCGGUCUGCAUGGUUUCCGUUUGCCGUUUCACUGCAGCUAAUCGAUCGUGGUUUUGAACAUUUCUGUGGCGGAACGCAUCUGGGCGACGGGUGGAUCCUGACGGCGGCACACUGCGUGAUUUCGUUGAAGACUGGUAACCACUCUCAAAUAGUGGCUCAGAUCGGAGGUCAGAAUUUGAACGACACCACCGUCGUACGGUAUCCCAUCGUCGAGAUGCACAUACAGGGCACCUACAACCGCGUUACCAUGGUCGGUGAUAUUGCGCUUCUUCGGGCGGCCACAAGUAGUGAAAGCAAUGGGAAUGUCUUACGUCUGCGUCCUAGAACCCACGUGGCGAAACGUUUGUCACUGCCAGCGCCCUCGGAUGGAACGGUGGUAAACGGGGAGCAAUGCUACAUCUUUGGCUACGGUUCGGAAUCGUACGAGGGACCCAUUAGCACGACGCUCCGGUACGGGACCGUGCUGGCGUUCGGGAUCGAUAGUUGCAUUGGAAUGAUGGGCGCGGUUGUCGCACCGCCACCCAACUCGGGAAUGUUCUGUGCCAUUGGGCAGGCCGACGCGUGUAAGGGCGACUCGGGUGGCGGUUACGUUUGCCACAAGCCUCCCUCCAACCAGUUCGUCUUGCGCGGCAUCAUAUCGUACGGCGUCGGGUGUGGUGCGGCCGGUACACCCGGGGUGUACACCGACGUCGCAUACUACCUACACCAUUACCCGAUGAGUUCCAUAAUGUCAGUUCAUUGAAACAAAAAAAAAGCGGAAGCAAGAAUUAAUCCUAAACUUAAACAAAUCGUGUCCGAUUCCUAACCUAACUAUCAUAUAACUAAAGUGA